GGUGCACAGCUCUGCGCCAGCCACACAGAGUUAGGGCCACUGUCUCAACAUCUGAAAGAGACUGGGCUUGAACAGUGAUGACUACAUUAACCAGGGGGCUGGAUCUGCAUUGCUCACACUUGAACAGAGACUGGAACCCAGCUGACUGUGAGUGAGUUUGGAAGAGCCCCCUGCUGGAGGCAAAUGCCUGGAGCCCUGUGCAUGUGCUGGGCCAUGAGGAAGAGCACAAGUAUAUUCUCUGGAACAGGGCUCUUCAGGGCCUGGGCUAGGUCAACCAGCACCCUCCUCCUCUUCACCCCACCCAAUGAAGGAAAGAACCAACACACCGAUGGAUAGGAAGAUUGAUCUCUUUGGGUGCUACCUACAAAAGGAAAGAAAAUAUAUUCCUCCUAAAAGAUCUUCUGUUCCUCGUUUAUUCAUCAAAUACCAGUUCUAAUGCACAUCUGGAAAUCCAAAAGGAGCAUGACAUCUCUACCUGUAAAUAGGUACAGAUUAAGCUCUCCGGUCAACAGCUGUCAUUGUGUCAUAUCGUCAGAUACCCGGGGCUGCUGCUCCUUGAGGCAUCCACAGAAUCACAUUUUCCAGUGUUGAAAGACCUGAAAGAUCAUGGUGCCUUCAUUUCAACUGUGAGACAUGAAGUAAUUUUCCCAAAUCUGAGACAUUAAGAUAUAGUGCAAUAAGGGCCGGAUUAAAGGUCUCCUGAUUUGCAACAAUGUUCCCUCCAUCUCCUUUACUGCUAAACAGACUCACACACACACUCCUGCAAACAGUUGUCUUGUCAAGUGGGAAAUGAAUGCUCUUACAAGGCUCAAACUUGUGAACACAUCACUGACCAGCACAGAGCUGGCUGCAAUAGCGCCCCAAUUAAGGUGUUUUACAUGCAACUGGUUCAAACCUUCCAAGUACUAAAUUAAAACAAUCCUUUCAAGAAGGAAAUUCUGUUUCAGAAGAGGACCUUCAUACAGCAUCUCUGACCAGCAACUGAUGAUGCUAUUGAACUCAGAUGCUGAUUCGUUCUCCAACACGAGAUUACCCAAUCCAGGAGCAAGGAAAUCAGUAACUUCCUCCCUAUAACUUGGAAUGUGGGUGGAGGGGUUCAUAGUUCUCCCUGAGUGAGACUUGCCUGCUUCUCUGGCCCCUGGUCCUGUCCUGUUCUCCAGCAUGCUGUGUCUGAAGCUCCCUGGAGUCUCCUGCAUGACAGCGCUGACAGUGACACUGAUGGUGCUGAGCUCACCACUGGCUUUGGCUGGGGACACCCGAUCACGUUUCCUGUUGCAGCCUAAGGGGGAGUGUCAUUUCUUCAAUGGGACGGAGCGGGUGCGGUUCCUGCACAGAUACUUCUAUAACCAAGAGGAGUUCAUGCGCUUCGACAGCGACGUGGGGGAGUACCGGGCGGUGACGGAGCUGGGGCGGCCUGUCGCCGAGUACUGCAACAGCCAGAAGGACAUCCUGGAGCAGGCGCGGGCCGCGGUGGACAAUUACUGCAGACACAACUACGGGGUUGGUGAGAGCUUCACAGUGCAGCGGCGAGUCCAACCUAAGGUGACUGUGUAUCCUGCAAAGACCCAGCCCCUGCAGCACCACAACCUCCUGGUCUGCUCUGUGAGUGGUUUCUAUCCAGGCAGCAUUGAAGUCAGGUGGUUCCUGAAUGGCCAGGAAGAGAAGGCUGGGGUGGUGUCCACAGGCCUGAUCCAGAAUGGAGACUGGACCUUCCAGACCCUGGUGAUGCUGGAAACAGUUCCUCGGAGUGGAGAGGUUUACACCUGCCAAGUGGAGCACCCAAGCGUGACGAGCCCUCUCACAGUGGAAUGGAGAGCACGGUCUGAAUCUGCACAGAGCAAGAUGCUGAGUGGUGUCGGGGGCUUUGUGCUGGGCCUGCUCUUCCUUGGGGCCGGGCUGUUCAUCUACUUCAGGAAUCAGAAAGGACACUCUGGACUUCAGCCAACAGGAUUCCUGAGCUGAAAUGCAGAUGACCACAUUCAAGGAAGAACCUUCUGCCCCAGCUUUGCAGGAUGAAAAGCUUUCCUGCUUGGCAGUUAUUCUUCCACAAGAGAGGGCUUUCUGAGGACCUGGUUGCUGCUGGUUCGGCAACUGCAGAAAAUGUCCAUCCUUGUGGCUUCCUCAGCUCCUGCCCUUGGCCUGAAGUCCCAGCAUUGAUGGCAGCGCCUCAUCUUCAACUUUUGUGCUCCCCUUUGCCUAAACCGUAUGGCCUCCCGUGCAUCUGUACUCACCCUGUACGACAAACACAUUACAUUAUUAAAUGUUUCUCAAAGAUGGAGUUAAA